UAUGGUAAAAAGACAUUUCUUUAUUUCCAUUGUGUUGGUCAUAUAAUAUUGACUGAUUUUUUCUAUUUAUCACUUUUUUUUUAUAAUCAGAAUGCUUUAACGGAUCCUCAACGAGUUCAAACACCUUCAAUUAUGGAGUACUGGAAACCCUUGGCUGAAGAUAUGGAUCCCUCCGCUGGAAUAGAAGCUGAAUAUCAUCACAAGAAUAACAGGGUUUAUUGUUGGAAAGGUCUCCGUCUUGCUGCUCGACAAGACUUGGAGGGGUUUUCUAAGUUUACUGAUCAUGGCAUUGAAGGGGUUGUCCCACUAGAGCUUUUGCCACCAGAUGUCCGAUCUAAAUACCAAGCUAAGCCAAACGACAGAAGUAAGCGUAGCAAAAAGGAAGAAACAAAAGGCUCUGCACAUCAAGUUGAGGAAAAUCAGAUUGCCACAACUGCAACUGAGAUGGAUGGGGAUGGCAUUCGAACAGAUAACACAGCAACACCUAUGGAAUUUGAUGGUGCCAAUGUCCCUGGUACUCAAGGUGGAACCCCAACACCUGAAGAACUUCAGAAGCAUAGCUCAGACACUGAUGUAGGACAGGAAGCCGGCCAAUUAGAAGCAGAUGGCGAAGUUGAGGCCGGAAUCAUAGAUGGUGAGACAGAUGCAGAUGUUGAUUUAGAUACUGUUGGCUGAGGCCAGGCAAGUUUGCAGGUCGACAUGUUAAGGAUGAUGAACAUUGCGAGACAUGUUGGCAUCGUGUUUUUUGGACAAAGAUAGCUACAAUAUUAACCACCUGGCCAAGUUAAAUACACUUGCCGUUUUAAUUAUAUUUAUGUAGACUUUUGGUUUGAAUGUCAUUGGAAAAUGGUUCUCUUAAUGAAUAUGGCUCAAAAGAGGAAUGAAAUAUUGUAAAUCUGAGUUUUUCCUUAGUAUUCUCUGUGCAAUCAACA